UCGUAAUCCUCGUCAUCCUCGUACACCUCCUCUCCCUCAUCCUCUUCCUCGUAUUCCUCGUCUUCGUACUCAUCGUAUUCCUCCUCGUAGUUCUGCUCCUGCUCGAGCUCGCUGGCGCUCUUGGUGGCGCGCUUGGUGGCGUUCACGGCGGCUAAUCGCGUCGCCGCUCGCUUCUCAGCAGCAGCAGCAGCUCUAGCAGCUCGCUUCUCCUCGCCGGCGGCCCGCCUCUGUGCGAUAGUCGCGGCUCGUUUCUGCGCCGGCGUCAUUUGCUCCCGCGGAAUGGCGGCUGUGGCAGCUUCCUUCUGCGCUGCCUCGUCCUGCGCUGGGGCGGCGGCGGCUCGCUUCUGUGCGAUAGUGGCGGCGCGUUUCUGCGCUGGCGUCAUUUGCUCUCGUGGAAUGGUGGCUGCGGCGCCCUUCUCCUGCGCCGUGGCCUCUUCCUGUGCCGCGGCCUUCUCCUGCGCGGCGGCGGCGGCGGCGGCAGCUCGCUUCUGUGCGAUAGUGACGGCUCGCUUCUGUGCGGCAGCAGCUCGCCUCUGUGCGGGAGUGGGUCGCCUCUUGGGGGCGGCGGCCUGGAUCGGUGAGGCAGGGGCCGGCAGCGGGGUGUUUUUGGUAGACGCGUCGGUGCGGCGACGCUUGGCCGACGAGUCCUCGGCGUUGUCGUCGGCGCGCGGACGGGUUCGGCGACUCUUGGCCGGCUGUGCUACCUCCUCGGCAGGCGGGCCCUGGGACCCGGUCGACCACUCACCGUCGGGGUGCCCCGUCUGCCCCAUGAACUGCACCGACGGCUCCGUCGACGACAGUGACAUCGACGACAUCGACGACAUCAAAAUCGGAUCCUCAGGACCGUUGGGAUUGGCAGCCGCGUUAGCCCUGCGGCGGCGGCGAUGGAGGGAACAGUACUCACAAGAUUUCCCGGUGUGGUUUACGGUAAUCCUGCCGCCAUUGUGGACCUGGAUGACCAAGCUCUUUGCCGUAACAGCACCCGUCAUGAGACCACGGGCUCUGCGCUUUGAUACUCCCUGCGGUCGGCCCGCUUGCGAGCGCCUAGGGGAGGUCUGGAGGCGAGAGGGCCGCUGGGAUGGGAGCUCCCGCCGUUGCGAUUUAGUGGCCGAAGGUUUGGCCUGUUGGGGCGUUGGAAGCCAGGCACGAGGGGUGGACAUCUGGUGGACGUUCUGAGCCAUUUCUGCGAUCAGAAAUUCGUUAAGCGAUCAAUUAUCGAUAUGGUUGGGAUUUUACAAUAUGCGUUGAGCUGCGUACUCUCUUCGGCUUGCGUCCUGUGGCGCUAUUAUUAUACCUUCGAGACCCGGA